CGAUAAUAUUUCCCCAGAUCACGUCCAAUUGGACUCUUGACCGUCCAGUCACGGCAACGCCAAACUCUCGCUCCUCGUUCCCCAGACUCGUUCACGAUCUCAGCGCAAGUCUCAGCUAUAAUACCCCGAACCUUAUCGGCGCCCAUCGCUUUCAUCCCAAUUUCUACAAUUUCCCGAGUCAAGACACUAACUCAAAAUUCCGUGGCGCCAACGGAUAGCGUCCAGCCCGCUCUUUUAGCAUUAAAUCUGCGACUUUUGGGUCGCAAGAUCGGCUGCUUCACUGCUCAAUACGCUAUGCUCGCGGCCGGCGCUGAGGCUUUGGGGUUGCGAUCUUCAUGCAUUAAAUUGACCGUUGACCCCCUUGGUUUUGCAUAUCAUGGAUACAAUGCCCAAACCAGGGGAAGAUCUGUCAAAUUUUCGUAUUGAACCGUCUGUUAUUAUAAGUCAUUAUAUCUUGGUCCCGCUCUUGGCAUCGGUCUCAUCGUUUCUUGUGACAGUCAACAUAUCAAAGUUUAGUAUUCGUCCUUCACUACACUCCAGCCAUGGCGGGCUUUUUGAUUCCUCCGUGGUACAAGACCGAGACUCCAAAGGAUCUGGAGAUGAACAUUGUCAGUCUCAUCUUCGGCUUCAGCAUGGGCGCGUCAAUGUUCACUGCUGGUAUGGCCAUCAAGCAGACGAUGCAGGCGUACCAGAGAAAAAGGCUUUUCAGCGCAUACAUCAUCAUGUGCUGGCUUGAUUGGAUUGGAUGCAACUGUAUGGGAAUCAUCACUUAUUGCUGGCUACGAGGCUUCGCUCCACCAAGCUUCUGGGUCUUUUUCUUUAUCAUUGUUUUCUGGAGUAUGCAGAUCCAAUUUACCCUCCAGAUCAUCAUUAAUCGAAUAUCCCUCCUUCUCGGUAACAAAACGAACAUCAACAGAGUCAAGUGGGGAGUUGCAGUGGUUGCGAGCUUGAUCAACAUCAGCGGUUUCUGCAUCUGGGUACCGGCUCGCUUACAGAUCUCUCACCUGUACGAAGAAAUCAACAUUGUCUGGGACCGAACCGAAAAGGCUGUCUUCUUGAUCGUCGAUUUAUCGCUUAACCUCUACUUCAUAUACCUGGUUCGGUCGCGACUCAUCGCUUGCGGAUUGACGAAGUAUACUGAGCUGUUCCACUUCAACGUCAUUAUGGUUGUUAUAUCAGUGUCGUUGGAUUGCGUGCUGAUGGGAGCCACAUUUCUCCCCAGUCCUGUUGUCUAUGUCCAGUUCCAUCAACUCGUCUACCUCCUCAAACUAUACAUUGAGAUGAACGUCGCCUCUCUUCUCGGCCACAUAGUCAAGAGCUCAAGAGAGCAAGACGCUAGACCGACCGAGGGAGGUCGACAGAGGGUUCGCGAUGAAUUGGUCAGUGGCCGGAUGACUACGUUUGUCACCGCGAGUCGCACAGGUCAUGUCCGACUUGACGAUAUGUCGCGUGAUGACUCCUACCGAAGGACAUCCGACUGGGAAAAUGGGAUCAUGAAGAAGGUUGAGACCAAGGUGGUGUUUACAGAAACCCAGGACCAGGCAUCGACCUCGGACCAAGAGCGAAUGGUAUGAGUUUCUGAUGUCGCAGUACACAAACAUUUCAUGAUUAGUUAGCGUCUAUCUUCACUACCAUGUAACAAUAAAUAUAAUGAGUAAUGUAAAUCAUUCGCGCCCCGA